AAAAACAGUCCGGCAAAGUUGUUGUUAACAGAAAUUCUCCAGUAUCUUGUCAAUUAUCAUCGAUUGGAGCGCAUAUCGGAAGAAAAACUAUCGUGGAUAAGAAACACUUAUUUAUUUUUGCCUCACAGAGCAAGGGAUUAAUCGCGGAAACGAGGAUCUUCGUGGAGAAUCGACCGAUAGAAAAAAGGUGCUGUACAAGAAUGGCGUUUGAUUCCGCUGCAGGUGGCAGCCAAGGCGUAGACCCAGAGAUGGCACAGUUCUUACAAGUAGAGGCGCAGAAGGCUGAACUUCAACAGAAAAUUGGGAUGCUCACUGAUCUCUGUUGGGAUAAAUGUC